UUCAUCAUUCCAUCAAUUCAUUUUUCCCGAUUUGCGAAUAGCAUGUAAUGAAUGUGAGAAAAUCACAUUUUUUCACAUGAAUAAGUCAUAAAUCACUGUUAAACGUAUUAAUUUGUUCCGCGUUUAAUCUAGAAGCAAUGGCUGGAAACGAGGAACUAACCGGCCCUGUGCCUCAAGAUCUAGAAGCAGCAGAGAAGCUGAAAAAUGAAGCUAAUGAAUAUUUUAAACGGCAAAACUACAACCGUGCUAUUGAAUUAUAUACUGAGGCGAUCGAGAAGAAUCCAACCAGCGCAGUUUACUUCGCCAACAGGAGUAUAUCUAAUUUAAGAUUAGAGAACUUUGGAUACGCACUAAAUGAUGCAUCCAAGGCUAUAGAAAUAGAUAAGCUGUACACCAAAGCAUAUUACAGACGAGCGGCGGCAUACAUGGCCUUAGGAAAAUACAAGUUCGCGCUUAAGGACUUUGAAUAUGUAAUCAAAGUUCGGCCUAACGACCUCGAUGCGAAAAUGAAAUAUAACGAAUGCAAUAAAAUAGUUAAGAAGAUCGCAUUCGAGAAAGCCAUCUCAGUGGAUAAGAAGGGCGUGAACAUCGCGGAUACUAUCAACUUAGAUGCUAUGACAAUUGAAGAUGAAUACGAAGGUCCAAGCCUUGAGGAUGGUAAAGUUACACUGAAAUUCGUCAAGGAGCUCAUGGAAUACUACAAAGAGCAGAAGAAACUUCACAAGAAAUAUGCUUACAAAAUCCUCAUCGACGUGAAAGCAUACUUCCAAAAGCAGCCAUCCUUGGUGGACAUCAAGGUGCCAGACGAUAAGAAGUUCACAGUGUGCGGAGACAUUCAUGGCCAGUUCUAUGACUUGAUGAAUAUUUUCAAGCUGAAUGGACUUCCAUCAGAUACGAAUCCGUAUCUAUUCAACGGCGACUUCGUGGAUCGAGGCCCUUUCAGCGUGGAGUGUAUCUUCACACUAUUCAGCUUUAAGUUGCUCUACCCCGACCACUUCUAUAUGUCUCGAGGUAACCACGAGACUCGAGAUAUGAACCGUGUCUACGGUUUCCAGGGCGAAGUGACGUCAAAAUACACAUCGCAGAUGGCAGAUUUAUUCACGGAACUGUACAAUUGGCUGCCGUUAGCGCAUUGCAUCAACAACAGGGUACUGGUGAUGCAUGGCGGGCUCUUCUCCAAAGAUGAUGUUACACUGGACGAUAUCAGAAACGUGGAUAGGAACAAACAGCCUCCGGAAGAUGGUAUAAUGUGUGAACUGCUCUGGUCUGACCCGCAACCCAUGGCGGGAAGGUCGCCCUCGAAGCGAGGCGUGGGAUGCCAGUUUGGUCCUGACGUCACAGCCGCCUUCCUGCAGAAGAACGGCUUAGACUACAUCAUAAGGAGCCACGAGGUCAAGAAUGAUGGCUAUGAAGUUGCUCACGAUGGGAAGUGCAUUACUGUUUUCUCAGCACCCAACUAUUGUGAUACAAUGGGUAACCUUGGUGCUUUCAUUACGAUGAAUGGCAAAGAGCUGAAACCCAAAUUCACAUCUUAUGAGGCUGUGCCACACCCAGACGUGAAACCCAUGGCCUACGCCCACUCGAUGCUGAGCAUGUUCUAUCAAUGAUCCGAGGACCCAUUGUCAAGCAACGACGUCGACUCGUUAUCAGCAUAAAUGAGCUGCGACGUCGCUUGGCAAUACUCUAAUACACUAACAUUUUCGAUUCCCAAACAACACCAGAGUCAUAGACUUCGAAAUCUGUGCCCCUGGUACAUCAAACUAGAUUUUUUCUUCGGUUCCUUGAUGAUGGAAAUGAACUUUUAAGUCAUUGAUGAAAGGAAAGUGUGAAAUUAUUACCAACCCCUACCUACCCUGAAAGGUAAAACAUUGGGCAGAGCCCGUUGAAGGUCCUAUAUGAAGUGCUAAAAUGAAACUAAAUUAUAAUAUCCAAAUGUAUGUGAUUUUGAAAGCCUUCUGUUUUUGUAUGUAGCGACAUAUAAUGACGCAAAAUUGAAAAUUGCCUUUACAAUGGACCUCCUGCAUUAUGCUGUCCAAAACUCGUGUUUCCUUUAAAUUUAAUAACUGGAAAUGUAGAUAUCAGUGGAUUUAGACAGCAUAAUGCAGGAUGAAUCCAUUUAUUAUAUAUAUACUAAUUUAAUAAUGCCAAUGUAUUUUCUAGCGUAUUUAUUUGCGUCUAAAGCCAUUUGGUAUAUUUUAACUGUAUAAUAUCUAAGUCAAUAAAGUAGUAUGGACAAUAUCUUCGUAAUAAGACUGCGAAUUUUGCUUAAUUAUUUUCUUAAAUGAUGUUAUUUUCAUUUUAAGGAAUCUAGUAAAAACUGGGUAAAACUGGAUUAUAAAUAGUUACUCAAAUGAUUUCACUUGCUAAGCUAUUUUCGACCUUAUUGUCUAGUACUAAAUUAAUAAUUAUGAUAUAUUAUAGACGAAAACCAUCACUUUAUGCCCGUUAAGCAUUAUUUUUAAAUGUGUUUUAAUAUAAGGUAUUUUCUAUGAUUAAAUUGUAUAGGCUCAGUACACAAUCAUCCCCCCCUAAUUACAAUUCGUCAAUCGAAGGUUCAGAUUUUCGAUUUUCAAAUGUGAGUUUGAUGUAUUCGUUAAUUGACAUCUGUCAAUAUUUUCAUGGUUGUCUAGGAAUUGUUUAUGAUCUACUAACGUCAAUUACGAAAUAUUUACAAGUUUUUUUUUUUAUUAUACCUAAGAAUUUAUUAUUUUUUUAGAAUUAAAAGUAUAGUUUUAAUGAGUUUUUGCCAUACUGAGUUUCAUUAUUAUCCAACCAAAAAGUUUUAAACGUGCAUAGCGGACAUUUUUACAAUCUGUUAUUGUUCCGUAUCGAAUUAAUUCAAAAUAAGCCACUUAUAAGCCUUUGUUAUAAACCAAAGUCUUAUAUGUGAUUUUAAAUCGCCAUUUUUUAUAAAUAUCAUCUAAAAAUAAUGAUUGAAUUUGUUACAACUGACUGUCCUAUCCAAGUAUAUAUUUUAAAAGACUAAUAAGAACAUUCUAGAUAAAUAUUGUAUUGCAAAAUAUAAAUUUAAUUGAAUUCAUGAAAAUAAAGUACUAAUUGUGUACAUUUAAUUUAGAUUAUCUACAUUAUCUAUAAACAAAAAGUUAUCGAUUGGACGAAUGGUAAUUAGGGAAUUCGCUUUAAAUUUUGUGCUAAGUGUAUUUAAGGUAGUGGAUGCGUGGGACCUCCCCUUUGUCUAUGGUUCAUGUACAAAAAUGCAUUUUACACUGUAACCGCCAGUGUUGCCAUUAUUUAGUUUUUAUAAUUUUAACUAGAUGUUGCAAUGUUUUUUUUUUCUUUUAAAGUAAAUUUAUUUUAUUUGAAUGUGCCACAGUUUUUCUUACUUAUUCCAUGUGUGACAAAAAUAGACCUUAAAAUAGUUAAACAAUUCUAACAUCACAUACAACUUUUAAAUAUAUUUAUACGGCCAAUUAUGAUAUCGAUGCAUAUAUAUGCCUUUUAAACUUUACAUGGAUAUUAAAUUUAAUGGUAUUGCAUUUCGCUGCUUUAUAAGCGUAAUUUAAAUUAUAAUAUAUGUAUUUAAUAUAUAUUCGAUAUUAUUAAGUUACCAUACUACCAUUGUCUGUAAUAGUUAUUUGUAGGGUAUUUUUAAAAUAAUAAUCAACUGCAAUACAUUGAUGGCUUAAAAUAUACUGGCAUACACUAUAAAUUCAUUCCAACAGUAUUUGUAUAAAACGUUUUAAAACGAGAAUUGUGCAACAAACCAAAUAUAACACAGUUUUAAAAUUAGAAUACUCAAUGAAUACUCUUUAAUUCUAUUAUUUAUAAUAUUAACAAUAUAACAAUCUUGAUACUUGCUCUGAUUCUGUUGUACACAAAAAAUAUGUUUUUGUGACGUACGGGUUACAAAUGGUUGAGAAUUUAAUAUGAUACGCUGGGUAAUAAAUUUGUAAGCAGGACGACGAAUAUGACGCGCUUUAUCACUUGGUGGGCUUUCGUGCAAGCCCGUCUGGGUACCAUAAUAUCUUCUACUGCCAAACAACAAUACUUAGUUUUUUGUGUUCUCAUUUGAAAGGUUAGUAAGCCAUUGUAACUACAGGCAUACGGGACAUCUCAUCCCGGAGUUGGUGGUGAUAUGGAAUGAUAAAUAUUUCUUACAGUACCACUGUGUACCGGCAGUGGUGACCUUGUAGCCCUUUUGUUCGCUUACCUAUGACGUAAUACAAACACGCGAGUCAUGUAGGAGGUUAAAUUAGAGUGAUUCCAUACGAAUUUUAUUGUAAACGAAAUGACGCGAAUAAUUCAAUGGUCUUAUGUACGCGCAGGCGUUGCAAACUUUUAGAUAAAUGUCGCUGGGGGACAAUAAAUUGACAUUUAUCAACGAACGCUCUCCACAUUCGUAUCCCUAGUAUGUUACCCUGCGUAAAUCGAAUCUUUAAUUCUACUAUUGGAAUUUGACUUGCAAGUACAUAAAUUGAAAUUAUUUUAAAUAGUGUAUAACACAGAUUCAACAACGAUAUAUCAAGUAGUUUUUAAUUAACAAACUUACAUUAAGUAUGCUAUUUUAUGCUUACACGCACUGAAAGUCAAUGCAUUCAAAAUCAAUCGGUUGUUUUAAACACGGGGGGUAAUUUCUCUCAUACGAUAAUAUUGCCAGCAAUAAAAAAUAUCAAUUAAGAUUCGUAAGUAUGUUCUAUUAGACACAAUCUCUCAAAUACUUGUCUAGAACAAGAACAUUGCUAUCUCUUUCUCACAUGUCAGGUUCAGAGCGUAGCAAACCUUUCCGUCGUCAAAUUAAAAACAAUUUAAAGGUUAAGUCCAAGCUAUUUUAAAUUUCGGUUUUGUUCAAAUUAAUAAUUAUAUGUACGGUUCUUGAUCAUGGGAAUCAAUUUAACGUAUAAGCCGUGUUUCGAAUUUUCUGCAAACGAAAUUCGAUAAUCGAUGUGACGUUCUAAAACUAUCUAGGCACUCCGUUCGUUCAUUGGUCGUCCGUUCCGUAAACUGCUGUAAUAGACCAAUCAGAUAAUGUCAAUUAGUUUCUGACAUUGAUCAGCAUUUCAGAAAUUCGAUGUUAUACUUUGUAUCAAAAGCGCAAUAUUUUAAACAUAUUAUAAACUUACUUUUAACAUAUCUCUGCUAGCGCUUAGUAAACGUUGGAUUGAGUUAUUUGGUAAUGGGCCUAUUCUAUUAAUAUUAAUCAUAUAUAUCAAAAGGUAAAUGGUUUCGAAAUACAUAAUAUAUUUAUAAUUAUCGGAAUAAGGGUGUUUUCGGGAAGCAAGUAGCCUUCUAUAGUUUUUUUCUAUGUUUAAUAAAGUAUGUUGUAAAUAUAAAUAAUCAUAAAGAUUAAAUCGUUUUAUUCGUAGCGUUCCAAUUUUAAAAUUUACUUAUAAGAUGUCCUUUCUAGGAAUUAUAUGGUUUAGUGAUUCCAUAUUCAAAAAAGUAAGUUCCAACGUCGGAAUAUUUAACGUCGUUAUGUCGUACAUAUUUGAAAAAAUUAUACCUAAUCAUAAAUGUAAAUCGAGUAAUUAAAAUAGAAAAAGGUCUCGAUCAUCAACUUAAAAAACUGACCGGUCAUGCUUAAAGAAUAUGUUGACUUCUCAAUUGAUCGAUAUUAUUUAAUCUAUGGUUGAGAAUUUUUGUUAUGAAAUUUAGUUAUGAAUUUUCAAAUGUAUUCUCGAUAAAAUUUAAGCUUGGAAAUUUAUUUUCACUAAAAUAUAGUUCUAAUAUUUAAAGAAUAUGAUCUUGAAAUAUUGUAUACGGAACGUUAUCGAAACGCAAGUCAUAAAGAAUGAAUGAGUGAAUGAAACCAAAUAAGUACAUUUGUCAGUGUUACUAUAUAUUAACAUGUAUUUCCUUGGAUUAGGCAUUUUCCAAAUAUAGUCGUAAAUUAAGAUAGUAGGUUAAUUUAGCUAAUAAGUUCAUAUUGGAUUAAAAUAAGUGUGCUCAAAAUAUUCUGUUGUAACCUUUAUUAGACAACGGAUUAUUUUUCGUACUAUUUAAAAUUAGCAGUUUAGAAAUUAAAUAUACGAAUUUAGACCAAGAUUCGUGUAAUUUUAAAAUUAAAUAUUUAAAAAUAUGUACACUAUUAACGGUAGAUUAAUCCAUGUAUAUUAUGCUUAUGAGUGCAUUAUGUCUUUCCGUGUAAAUUAUCUUGUUGCAUUGACAGCACGGCAGGUCACAAAAAUGGUACACUUGUAAAGAAUAUAAAAUAUUGAGAAACGUUCUUUAUUAGGAUUUAUAAGACGGGAAACUAUAAAUGCAAUAAAUUGCACAAUGACCCGAUAAUCCAUAUAUUUACUCAGGAAAAAAUAUAAAAAUAUAUAUAUUUGGAAAUACGACAUUCUAAGUGUUGCCGUUUUACCCAAUACCGUGACGUUAGUACUAUGAGAUUAUUUAAAAUAUCUAUAUUCAGAAAUAUUUUCUUCUAAAGACCAUUUUUAUUAUGCAAACUAAGUAUGUAACAGUUGCGUGUUAUAUUUUAUUGAAAAAAAAAAAAACAAAACAACAUUUUUAUUUUAUGGAAAAGUUGUACGUUGUACUAGAGUACAAUAUAUGCGGCUUAAAUAUUUUUAAAAUACGUUGCACUUUGCUUUAUUUUGGUGUUUAUUGUUCCGAAAUAAAACAUACAUUAAAUUAUGGAUUUUUGUAAAAAAAACGCCAUUAAAAUCUACGACGCAACCGAACUGCACCGGUUAGUCGAUCUAUGUGUUGUUUUUUCGAGUUAUGAACAAACCAUUUAUUGUUUGUGUGAAAUGAGCACCAAAAUUAAGUUGCCAAAUAUAUGCUCAAAAGCAUUUGAUAUAGAUAUAGUUACGUAAUAAUUAUACUUAAUAUGUAAUACAAUAUUGUAAAACGUCAAAUUCGGAUUGCAAUAAAAUAUUUAAUUUGAGAAUGACACAUUCACACAGGCCCUAAACCAACUACACC